GAAGAAGGGAAAACACUGCAGAAAGCAAAAGGGAAGUGUCAGUUUUUAGUUGACAGCUAUAUACAGCAGGGAGUGUCCCUCACAGAUGCAAACACAUAGACGGAUCUCUCUCUCUCUCUCUUGCUCUCUGCAUGUCUUUUCCCCAUGUUAUCUUCAUUUCCUCCUUACAAUAGCUUGCUUCAAAAGCAAUAUAAGUGACAUUUGACAGCAGGCAAGCAAAUACGACUACAGAGGAAGGAUUUAAGUUUGAACACUGACAGGACCUUUCCCUUCAGAGAUGGACAGAUCUGGCAGAAACGUAAAAUAGCUCUUGGUAGAACAGAUUCAUAGUAUUAUUUAUUGGUUAUUUUCGGGUUGUUUUUUUGGGGUUUUUUUUUUUGGUUCUGAAUGCCUGUGCUGGUCGCCAACAAUCGCCAACAAUCUUCAGAGAUCUGAGUGAGAAAGAGCUGGAUGGUUGACUAAGCUGUGGACGGACACUUACAUCUGAGUAACUCUUCUCCAAGCUACGCUAGAGCACAGGCGGAUUGUGAUCCAGUUAGGAUGUCAGAGGACGGCUCGGCCCCCACGCCGCAGGUGUUUGUGGUGGACAGCCAGGCCAGCUACUUAUCCGUGCCCAGAAGCAAGAAGUCAACAUGGGCCAGAGUGGGCCAGAAGUUCCUCCCUCUUCUCGUUGCUCUGUUCGCGCUGUCAAUCUUUGUUGAGGGAUAUUUAAUCUACAUACUUUACCAAAGAACCGAGGCCUUUUCUGGCUGCGUGUCUAAUAAUCUGUGCCACAACCUGUCCCACUCUGUGAAGUCUGAGCAGCAGAAUGGGAGGACAUCGAGUCGAAUAGGAACUCCAGAAUCCAAUGAAAUUCCUCCACUGCAGCCACAGAAACGGCCCUUUGCUCACUUGAUGGGAGCUCAGAAGUCGAAUGACAAUGUAGUGCAAUGGUCACAGGGUCACGACGACAGAAGAAGAAUGGAGUACCUCAACAGCCGACUGAUAAUCAAGCAGGAAGGCUACUACUACGUCUACUCCAAGCUGGUAGUGGAUGUUUUGGAGGCGACGUCACCUAUCUUCCACAAGAUCGUGAGAAAUCCCAGUGGCUAUGCUACAUCUAUAGAUCUUCUGAAGUCCAAAAGUAACUGGGGCCUAGAGAAACGUUCGGACGGCGUUUCAGGCGAGAACAAAUGGAGAAGUUUUCUGUCUGGGAUUUUCUUCCUGCAAGAAGAAGAUGAAAUUUAUGUCACUCUGAGCAACAUGGAAACGUUGUCUCCUGAGGCCAAUGAAAACUGUCUGGGUGCCAUCUGGAUAGACUCUUAGACAAGAAUGGAAAUACCUCUGUGCUAGUUCUUCGACCAGUCUAAUAAUAUGUACACCACAACUGAUGGAUGUAAUUCUGAGAACAAUGAAAAAACAAAUAGUUUUGAUAUAAAAGUAUCUGAUAUUCAGAUUAAAUAUAUAUUUACAUUGUAAUUAUUCUUCAUAUUUUGGUGUUUAAAUAAAAAAAAAAUGCUAAAAAACCAAAUUA